GGUGGGUGUUGUUCUCCCAAUCGUCCCCUCUCUGUCAUCAUCAGGGUAGCUCCAAAUGGUUUCUUAAGCUGUGGGGGAACCUCCCUUUCUCCCUCCCAAGGAGUAAGACUCAAGGUGAUGUUGAUGAUGUAAAGCUGAUGAACAGCAGACCCUAGGCAACAGGUAGAAAGCAGACCUGCCUCUCCCCACCACAGCCCCAGGUUUGGCUGGGCGGAGACUGAGCGUGGAGGACAGCAGGUGUGCGGAACAGGACGAUUGCACCCGGUACAGAGCUUCCUCCAGCUAUUCCUGAAGUUUGACUGCCAGUCCAGCUCAGUCCCUCCUGCCAUGGGGCUCACCUGGAAGAAACGGGUUUUCAUGGCCCUGUUGGGGGUUGCAACAGCCUCUGGUCUCACUGUGCUCAUCCUCAUCCUGGUGGAGGCCACCAACGUCCUCCUGCCCGCAGACACCAAGUGUUGUCCUCAGUUUGGGAUCGUGCUGGAUGCUGGCUCCUCCCACACGUCCCUCUUUGUGUACCAGUGGCCAGCAAACAAAGAAAAGGACACGGGCGUGGUCAGCCAGGCGAUGACUUGCCAGAUAGAAGGGCCUGGAAUCUCUUCCUACACCUCUGACCCCACACAGGCUGGAGAGAGCCUGAGGGGUUGCUUGGAGGAAGCUCUGGCAUUGGUCCCAAAGGCCCAACAUCAAGAGACACCCACAUUCUUGGGUGCCACAGCAGGAAUGAGGCUGCUUAGCCAGAAGAACAGCUCUCAGGCAAGGGACAUCCUAGCCGCAGUCUCCCAGGUUCUAAGUGAGUCUCCUGUGGAUUUUUGGGGUGCCAAGAUCCUGGAUGGACAAGAUGAAGGUGCCUUUGGUUGGAUCACUAUCAACUAUGUUCUGGGCAUGCUCCUCAAGUAUUCCUCUGGAGAAUGGAUCCUACCGGAAGAGGAGAUGCUAGUCGGUGCUUUGGACCUCGGUGGGGCCUCCACUCAGAUCAGCUUUGUGCCACGGAGCCCUAUCCUGGACCAGAGCACCCAGGCCACCUUCCUCCUCUAUGGUGCCAACUACAGCAUCUACACUCACAGCUACCUCUGCUUCGGCCGUGACCAGGUGCUUUACAGGCUCCUGGUUCAGUUGGCACAGAGCAGCCCUGUGCCCCGGGUCCGACACCCAUGCUACCACAGAGGCUACUAUGCCACACUGCCGCUGGCCCCUCUCUCUGAGUCGCCCUGUGUCCACACCAUGAACUCCCUAAACCUCACCCAGAACAUCACAGUUGAGGGGAUGGGCAACCCUGGGGACUGUAUGGCAGCUCUCCGGGGUCUCUUCAACUUCUCCAGCUGUCAGGGCCGAGAAGACUGUGCCUUCAAUGGAGUCUACCAGCCCCCCGUGCAUGGCCAGUUCUAUGCCUUCUCCAACUUCUACUACACCUUCCACUUCCUGAACCUCACCUCCAGGCAGCCACUGAGCAUCGUCAAUGCCACUAUCUGGAAGUUCUGCCUGAAAUCCUGGAACGUGCUUCUGGAACCCAAGGUAGAGGCCAGCUAUCCAGGGCAGGAACGCUGGCUGCGGGACUACUGUGCCUCAGGCCUGUACAUCCUCAUGCUGCUGCUAGAGGGCUACAAGUUCAGCGAGGAGACCUGGCCCAGCAUCCAGUUUCAGAAGCAGGCUGCCGGCACGGACAUUGGCUGGACCCUGGGCUACAUGCUGAACCUCACAGGCAUGAUUCCUGCAGAGGCACCGGCUGAGUGGCGAGCUCAGAGCUACGGCAUCUGGACAGCUGGAGUAGUGUUUGUGGUGCUGACCCUUGUGGCCAUUCUUGGGGCAGCUGCAGUCCAGCUCUUCUGGCCCCAAGACUAGGCGGAGGCCAAGCUGAACUGGAUCGCAGACAGGGAUGUGUCUGAAGCAAGAACAAUUGGGAUUCAUCGGCAGCAACAUAAAUACUUUUACCUUGUGAGCCAGCAUCAAUCGUCUUUAGGAAAGAAAAUUCCUGGCACAUAGGACCUGCUAGGUACAUCUGGUUGCCUGUCCUUAUGAGCCCCUGACCCUUAGGGGCUCCAGCCUAACAAGCAGACCAGGAGGGCCACCUCCUGACAAUCCUGGUCCCCCUCUGCCCUCAGGAUAGCAUUGGCUAUUGGGACUAUAGUAUUUCAAGGGGCAGGAACAGGAGGGAAACCUGGCUCUGGGAAGAGGCAGCCAUGAGGAUAGGGCUGCCCCGGAAGAGAGCUGUGGACAGACCAGCAGAGACCCCUGACUUCCCUCACUGUAAUCAAACUGGAGCAGAUGGUCAGGAUGUAGGUCUGCAGGUCAUCCUGGCUCUCUCACCCUCUCAGAAACUUUGAUUGGGUUCCCUUUGUCACCAAUCCCAGAAUAUGGACCACACAAGCGGUGAGGGGGAUAGUUUUUAUUAAAAGCAGCCUUGCCACAGUA